AUGAAAAAGUAUUUACACAGUAGUGGAACUAAUAAUUUGUAAUCUAUCUUGAUCCUGAGUGUUCUCUGCCUAACCUUAGCUAGCUCAUAUCCACUCUAAGUAUAAGACAAUUAGCAAUACAAAGAAACUAUUAUGAAUCUUUACGAUCGACUUGAUUAGCGAGAGAUCCUUUCUAACCCAGGUAUAAGAUUUAUGCAGGGAUUUUCUCAAGGAGCAUUCAAAAUGUAAUUCAGAAGAUCAUCUGACUGCAUGAGUGAUGGCCUUUAACUCACUUUGGGUAUGGUUAACAUCAUGUUUAAAGCUACUAUUUCAUCUUCUCCAGAUGACGAGGAGAAUAUGGGAGAUAUCGUAAGGGAAAAAAUCAUCAUUAAAGAUUAUCUCUAUUCCUUCCUACAUUCUUAACAUCCUAGAUUGGCUUUAACUACUUUCUGA